CUCGGCGGUGAGCGGAGUUGAUCGGGCAGUGAACGCACCCUGUGUGUCUGCUCUUUAGUUACAGUAUGGCGGCUUGGACUUGCGGAGGAGGACAACUUCUUCUAGAUUCCUUCCAAAAAACUGUAGGAAGGCGGCGGCUAUAACUGUUAACCGUCACGGCAAACACGACCUGGACUGAGACAGACGACGACUGCGCAACUUGUGGCUUUUACCGAGGUCUUUCCUGGAAGAUAAUCGGGCUGGUGUGAUGCGUGAGGACCCGCAGUCAAGAAACUCCCCUGAUUUUUCCGCGUCUGUUUCUGCCCUGACUGUCAGUUAGCCGGCUAGCUGCUUGGUAGCUCACCACAUUCAUGCUAACGUUCGCUUGCAGGGCUCCGUAGUAGCCAAAAGACGGGCUAGCUUGAUGCUUUUAUUUGCUCCAGGAGACAGGGAUGGCAUUUCGCCUCCAUUCGGUAAGCGAACUGGUUGAGAGGGGUGGGGAGAAAACAUUUGAGGACCUGGGUGAUAAGUUUGUCAGCACUCAUUAGCCUAGCCUAGCUUGCUGGUACAACGCCAGAAAACGUUGGCCGAGAGUUAGCGCUUUGCCUGUCCUCUAGCGAGCUAGCCAAUUAGCAUUUUAGUUGCACAAGAAGACCUGCUAAUCCCCCGUUCAUCCCGGCUGAGUGUUUUGAAGCCUCUGUACUAACUAAUUCAGACGAAGAGUGGCGACUGCUUUAGUUGGCGAACCAUAAUUGGACCGUGAAUGUUUUACAACUCAGGGUUGUUUUUGGCGUUAAGUCUUGCUAGGUAUCGUUAGCGGUCUUAUAGGUGUUCUCUGGAGGGAGUGGUGACGUUAGGUAGCUAGCUAAGGUUCCCUGUAUCAGUGUAAAAAUGUCACUCAGAUUAUGACAGGCUGUAAAUUAAUAAAUUACAGAUGACACAUUACUAAACGCCAAACGUGUGUAAACCGACUGGCGUGUUGCACAUUGGGGUGUGUGCCCCUUGAUAUCUUACCGCAAGACAAGACUUGACACAACUAGAAAGCGCGCAAUAUUUUUAUUAACUGCUCCCCAUACACAUUAGAUAGUUUCCUGGAUUGGUAGCUCAUUCGAUCAGUAGUCACAAUUAUUGGCGUGAGCUGUUGCUAUCUUGGGAGAUUAAAGAUCAAGUCUGUGGUGGCUGACUGGCUUCCCUCACCUGCUUCAGUGCUGGAAUAGUUUGAUGGACGUGGGAGGCUGUUUGCCAGACUGUCAGAGCUAUACUCAGUCAUGUAUGUCUUGACACAUGGCACCCUGGUCUGUACAUAGUGCCUGCUGUCAGAUGUAAGUGUCGUUAUGUAGCUUUGGUGGACAGUCAGUGAAGGGAAUGUGUUGUCUUUUUUAUACCUGUUGGUUUGUUUUUUAUUUUUUUCAAACACAGGAGAGUCUUGUUGAAUCGAAGUGGGAAAGCGGUGCAGCCCGGGCUGUGUACAGUGGACAAUGUUUAUUAGUUAGUGCCUAGAAGCUUAGAGGACUAACAGUUCUGCCUACAUAUAGGCCACAGAUAUUGUAGAUUAUUCAUUGGGGAGUUGCAACAGAAGCCCGCCACUCUGGAUCAAGAAAACCUGUCCCUCGUCUCUGGUUGGAGUAGUACUCUCAAGCCAAAAUCAAUGCCUUCAGCGCUGGCCGUGUUCGCCUGCCGACCCAACUCGCACCCAUUCCAGGAGCGGCAUGUAUACCUGGAUGAGCCAGUCAAGAUCGGCAGGUCUGUGGCUCGGUGUCGCCCGGCACAAAACAAUGCCACCUUCGACUGCAAGGUGCUGUCCAGGAAUCAUGCCCUGGUCUGGUUUGACCACAAGACCGGCAAGUUCUACCUGCAGGACACUAAAAGCAGCAAUGGGACGUUCAUCAACAGCCAGAGGUUGAGUCGCGGCUCGGAGGAGAGUCCGCCCUGCGAGGUUCUCUCCGGCGAUAUCAUUCAGUUUGGUGUCGACGUCACUGAGAACACACGCAAAGUCACCCAUGGCUGCAUCGUGUCAACAAUCAAACUCUUCCUACCUGAUGGGAUGGAGGCACGCCGCCGAAGCGAUGUCAUCCAGGCUCCGUUACCACUACCUGUAGACAAGGUUGCAGCCAACACUCCCAGUAUGUAUUCUCAGGAACUGUUCCAGCUCUCCCAGUAUCUACAGGAGGCCUUACACAGAGAGCAGAUGUUGGAGCAGAAGUUAGCCACUCUGCAGCGUCUGUUAGCCAACACUCAGGAGGCCUCAGAGAGCAGCUGGCAGGCUCUGAUUGAUGAAGACCGUCUGCUCUCCAGACUGGAGGUUAUGGGCAGUCAGCUACAGGCUUACUCUAAGUCCCAGACGGAGGAAGGGAUCCGUAAGGAGCUCUUGGCUCUUCAGGAGGACAAACACAACUACGAGACGACAGCGAAGGAGUCUCUGAGGAGAGUCCUGCAGGAGAAGAUCGAGGUGGUCAGGAAGCUGUCAGAGGUGGAGCGCUCACUCAGUAACACGGAGGAUGAGUGCACCCACCUGAAGGAGAUGUCUGAGAGGGGCCAGGAGGAGCUGAGGGAACUCGCCAACAAGUACAACGCCGCCGUCAACGAGAUCAAAGAGCUAACUGACAAAAUGAAGGUGGCGGAGGGCCGGCAAGAGGAACUGACCCAGCGGGGAGCGACGGAGAAGAGGGAGUUUGAGCUGCGGAUCGAGGAGAUGGAGGAGAAGGAGCAGGUACUCCAGGCUCGCAUCGAAGCUCUGCAGGCCGACAAUGACUUCACCAACGAGAGGCUCGCCGCCCUGCAGGUGCGGUUAGAACAGCUACAAGAGAAAAGCAUUAAAGAGAACAACAGUCUGGAUGUCGACUUUGUCUCCCACGGACCAGUAGAGGAGCCUGUCGAGGACAAACAAAGCCUGCAGACACCUGAGAGCCAGGAGGAAGCCAAGGAUGAGGAUGAGGAGGAUACAGACACAGAUGAUGGUGCAGUUGGUCAAGAUGAAGAUAUUGAUGACAAUUGUCAUGUUAACAACAGCGGAGGAGACUCGACUAGAAUCCAACAGUUGAUUGAGUGUCCGCCGGUGAAACAGCUGAAGGAGACUGUGAGCUCUUCAAUCCACAAACUGGCCAACUUUGAUGAAGUAAUGGACGCGCACCUACAGAACAACCAGACGGCAGAAGACGACCUCCUGGCCAGCCCCGAUCGACUCAGAGGGAAUCAGAUGGAUGCCAAAGAGUCGGACAUGUCAGACACGCUGAGUCCCAGCAAAGACCGCAGCAGUGACGACACGUCAGACGGCAACAUGGACGACCAGGAGCUAAAUGAACCACAGAACAGAGUAGCUCUGCUCAAAGCUGAGUUACAUCGGGCUGGUCUAGAGCCUGGAGACACAGAGCAGGUCAUCCACCAUCUUCACAGAGAGCUUCUGGAGGCCCAGGAAUUAGCCAACACUGGCAAGCAGAGAUGUCUGGAGCUACAAGCUCUGCUGGAGGACGAGAGGAGGAGUAACUCUCAGCAGACUGAAGAGUCGACCAGACAGAUUCAGUACCUGCAGACUCAGCUUGGGAAGCUGCAGGCUGACAUGGAGGCACUGAGGGAGCAGAGGGAGAGCACCAUCUGCACCACCAGAGAGGAGCUCUACUCCGCCCAGGAGGAGAUUAUCAUCCUGCGGCGCACCAUGGAGGCAGCCACGGUGGAGCGGGAGCGUGAGAUCACCGCCCUGCAGGCUGACCUGGGCAACGUGCGAUCUGAGCUGGAGCACUGGAGGAACACGGCCGCCAAGUACGAGGAGGAGAUCAGCCGGCUGCAGGAGGCCUUCACACAGCAGCAACUACAGCAGAAUACAGCCAACCAGCUGCAGGCGGAGUGUGUUACGUUGCAGCAGCGGUGUGUGUGUUUGCAGCAGGACUGUGACGGCCUGAGAGCUGAACGGAAAGCUCUUACGGAUAAACUGCACCGCCUGGAGUCUGAGCUGAGCAGCACCAGGGAGCAGAGUCUGGUCCUCAGCAGCAGUCUGGAGUCUCUGGAGAAGAGGGAGGGGGUUUUGCAGGACAAACUGGGUUCUCUGGAGAAUAAACACCUCGAGGACGCAAGCAAGCUGAACAGCCAGCUUGACCAGGCCCAGGCCCACACACACACACUGCAGAGAGAGUAUGAAGACACACAGUCUCAGCUUUUGGACCUCCGUCAGCGUUAUGAGAGAACAGAGCAGGAGAAGCUGAACAUCCACCAGGAGCUGGAGCAAUGCAGGAGCAGCCUGAAGCUGCUGCAGGACAAGACCAGCUCCCCAUCCAUAUUGCAGCCUGCCCAAGCCAUAUUCAUUGGCCUUGUCCUGGCUCUGCUGUACUGGUGUUUCGGCCAGUUGUGGUAGAAAGAGCGGCUGGAGUCCGUGGAUGCCGGUCAUCGCAGUGAUGGUCGCCGUGACGGCAGCCGUCCUCUACCCCAACCUCUCCAAGAGCAGCUCCACCUAGGACACACGCACGCACACACACACAGAGCGCUGUGAGGAGAGCAUCACUGCUUUACUUGUAUAAAGUCUAAUUGUACAUAAUUGUAGAGGGAAUAUAAAGGUUGUGGUUUCUACAGAGGAUUCAGAAGCUUCUUGGUUUAUUUUGUUUUUGAGUGUUUUUUUUCUGUGGCGGGGAGUUUUGUUGUCGUUUUUAUUGUUGGCUCUCUCUCUCUCAGCUGUGGUGGGGGCUUUUUGGUUUUCGUCUCUCUGCUGAUUUCUGGGUAACAAAGCGUUCUCCAGCAGGCCGAGCUUCCACACGAAAAACCUGCCAGAGAUGAUGUUCACACCCGUCCCGUCGUACACGAGCGGGAUGGAGGCGAACGUAACGCUUUCCAGCAGCCUCAGUCCAGUCAGGGGAACAUGAGCCACAUUCAUCACUGAAAAAUGCAAGGUCUGCUUUUGCUAGAAGGAGCAUCUGCGCACCUUUUGAUCGAUUUCAUUGGCUAUUGGCGUCUGUUAGAAAGCGGUGUUUACCUGUAGCCCUGUCAGAACUGGUUUGGAUGGACUGGGCUGCAUAUUCACCUCCAUAUUCAGCUUUAAUUUUGCUCAUUAAAAUUCUUCUAACCAGCACCGUGCUUUCACCUGCCUCCUAAAAAUAAAUGUCUCUUUGACAUCUUCAGUGUGCUGCUUUCUUAGAACAAUAUGAUAACGUUUGGAUUUUAGCUGCUGAUAUUUGGUACCAAUGAACUCUAAAUCUUUAAAUUUAGCCAUUUCUUCCCAAAGAGGUCGGGAUUUUUCUUGUCAGGUUAAAAAAUUGAUCAAAAUAAAAAUUACCAAUUUGGGAAAGCAGGCAACUGCCUAAGACCCUCAGUUUGUCAUUGUGGCAUUUUACUUUAAUAAUUUUAUAGUAAUUUUAUUAAAUGCUAAUUAGUUUGGUAAUCUGCACAGUAAAAACUGUAAUGGUAACGACCCUAAUGUUUUUUACCUACUUUAUCUAAUCAUUGGGGGCCCACUGCUCAUUUUUGCCCCGGGUCCUCCCAGUGGGUUAAUCUGGUCCUGUUUCCGUCAAACGCAGUGCCUCUAUACAGUAAAUCUACAUCAGACCGGACCACAUCAGAUUUUCACAAAAAGACAAUAGCUUUCAGCUCCAUAUGUCAGUAAAACAAUAAAGUAAAUCCACAUUAAAAUACUGCGUUGAUGCUUCAUGAAAAUCACCUUCAUAGUAAAUCUGCAUCCAGGCUGUUGACGGAGUGCCUCAGUUCACCUGUACCUGGCUCUGUUGGAAAGUGUUCACAUACAGGCGGUUUCAGGAAGUCCUGCUCUGUUCUGUUCUGGUUUUAGUCGGCCAUGUUGGAUGUCUAACAUGGCGUUUUCUCUGUUUAGUUUUUUUCUUUUCAGGGUUGAAAACUUGAAGCCAAAUUAUUAAAAUAAAAAUCAGAUUUAUUUUCUAUUUUUUUGUUGGUUUUUUUUUUCAUUUUCGGGGCACAGAAAAGGGGGUCAACGUGCCUCUGAUGUAACUAAUUAACACCACAGUUUGUGUAUGUGUGCGGCCAAACACACACACACACACACACACACACUUUCUCUGAUAAACGCACACACAAACACACACAUGGCUUAUUUGACUGUCAGAGGUCUGUCAGCGUCAAGGGUGUGGAGAGAAGCUGUACAUUGGUGAUCCGCAAUGUCUCACUAGCUUUUUCCAAGCUUUCAACUGCUACUCAUGGACUUCUUCAACCAAUGGAGUUAGUGCAGUUGUCAUAGCGUUGGUUCAGAACCGACCCCAUGACAACUGCGCUAACUGUGUUCGCCAAGACGUAAUUAUGACCAAGAAGCUCACAUUUUUGUUAAAGCUCUGAUAUGUUCGACUUGAUGCUUAGUAAUUAAUAAUCGUCAAAUACGGACACCAAACCAAAGUCUGUCUGAUGACGUGAGCGCUCCCAAGUCUUAAACGUGACAAUUUUACCAUCCAUCUGUUAAGACGUCUCUUUUAAUUUAGGGAACAACGCGGCCUUUCUUCUGGCGCCAUCCUCAGGACGAACCCACUAGUGGUGUGAAGAUUUAAGAAUAAUAAAUCAUUGCUAAAAUGUUUUUGUUCUUAAAAAUAGGAAGAAGGUUCAGCUUCUCUCUAAACAAACUUCAAACACUUCGGGCCUCUGUGGAAAUGUUUUUAGCAGACAUUAAAUUAUUUCGAGGUGUGUGUGUGUGUGUGUGGUUCACACUCUGGACUCUUGAGCGUUUGUCAUCGUUCGUGUACUCUGUCUUGUCUCUGUGUUUAAAAAAAUAAAUAAAAUGAACAAAUAUUCCUGAUGUUUAAAGAGAAAAACACUACAGUACAGAGAGAGAAUUGUAAAAUAAAAUGUUAUUGAAUGAUGUGCUACUAGACUUAUUUUGUUAAAAUUGUUUAGAGAUAUGAGAGGGAGCUAUGUAGAGGAUACAGUAUGAUGAUGAUGUAUUGAAUAAGCAGAGAAAUGUUUGGAUUAAAGUUGUAGCAAGCUGACCCACCAAA